AACUGACCCUGAUGAUAGCAAGACCUUUGAGAAUGUCGGGAGUGACUAUACGAUGGACCGAGCGGAGUCUGCGGAUGUUUACUCUUCGAAGUCAUACCUAAUAGUGUCCUCAUUGGCAUGGGCCCGAUAUUCCCGUAAGUAGCCGGGGAGAGGUUUCCAUAAUCAGGAAUACUAUAGAAUGUAUGUUUGGGAACAUAUUGUUCUCACAAACUGAAGUCAUCUGAGUCCUACGUCGCUCGCUAAAGGGGGAAGUAUGCGGCGACAUCGAACAUGUGUCGUUUGGCGGGGGCGUCAACACGACCAAACAAGCCGGAUCUGGAACCGCGUGUGCCCACUCCCACUUUCUUCUCAACAUCGACUGUCUGGUUUGUCGAAGGGUGUUGUGGCUUUCUUCCCCGCUUCUUUUCUCCUCUAUAUAACUUUCUCUUCUCCAACUCGGCCUGAAAUCGCUGUCCCGAGCCUCUAAGAUCCGCACCAGUUCUCUGUGCAAAGCACAGCCAGCUCGUCUGACCGCCCGCGUCUCAGCCGCUUUCUUGCUCUUUUCACUGUACCCGCCGCCCGAAGCUCUCCCAGCCCAGUUGACCCCCCGCCCUGUUCAAUAAUAAACUCAUCAUCUUAAUCGACAUCUGCUC